AUGUCUGAAUCACCCCCACCCGAUGUUGCCCACAAGAAGCGCAAGCUGCAGGAGGGCCCCGAAAUCGAGAUUGAUGUGUCUGCACCGGAGCCGCAGUCUAAGAAAGCCCUGCGCAAGGCGAAAAAACAAAAGUCAGAGCCUUCCACUGAAGGUUCUGAAAAGAAAAAGCCUCAACCCGCCAAGGCAGCAACCGAGGAAACUCCAGCCAAGCGCUCCGACUAUGGCGUUUGGAUCGGCAACCUGGCUUUCUCUGUGACAAGAGAUGACCUGCGCACCUUCUUUACCAGCAAUUGUACUUUUACCGAGGAUACGAUCACUAGAAUUCACAUGCCCAAGGGACAAGAAAGAUUCGGAAAGACCCAGAAUAAGGGCUUUGCCUAUGUCGACUUCUCCACCCCGAAGGCCCUCGAGGAGGCAUUGGCUUUGAGCGAGCAGCUUGUGACAGGCCGCCGAGUGUUGAUCAAGAACGCAAAGAGCUUUGAGGGUCGGCCCGAGAAAUCCCGCGACCAGGAAGCUGCACCCAUCAAGCCCGGUCAUCCUCCGUCCCGCCGCAUCUUCGUCGGAAAUCUGGGAUUCGAUGUCACCAAGGAAAUCAUGGAGGGCCAUUUCAGCCAAUGCGGUGCGCUGGCUAAUGUGCAUCUGGCGACUUUCCAAGACACAGGAAAAUGCAAGGGAUAUGGCUGGGUGGAGUUUGAGGAUCUUACUUCGGCCGAAGCAGCGGUGAGAGGCUUCAUGAUGGUUGGUGAUGAUGACGAGGAUUCAUCCGACAGCUCGGAUUCCGAAUCUGAGAAGCCCAAGAAAAAUCCCAAGAAGAGCUUCAAGCGCAAGGUAUGGGUGAAUAUGCUUCUGGGUCGCCGCAUGAAGUUGGAGUUUGCGGAGGAUGCUACCACUCGCUACAAGAAGCGCUUUGGUAAAGAUGGCGAGGGUCGGAAGAAUGAUUCGGAAUCUAGCGAGGCAAAUGGCUCCGAGCGACCUCGGUCCUACAAGCCGAAACGACCGGAAAUUGAUGACUCUCGAUACACCAAGGAGACCGUGCAGCGGCUCAGUGGUGCCAUUGUUGAGUCUCAAGGUUCGAAAAUCACGUUUGACUAA